AUGAAACCGAUUUCAUCCCUCUUAACUACCUUGGUCGCCGGUAACAUGGUUAGUGCCAAGUACAACGUCGAAAUUCCCGCUGAUGCGGUCUGGGUCACCAACUGGGACGAGUUACAUGCUGCCCCUCAAUUCGGAGGAGUUCUCCUGCCCAAAUACGGAGGCUUUGUCAUUGAAGUCGAUGAGAAAAUUGUCUUGGCUACAGAUGAGAAAAUGAGCAAGGAAGUGCUCGACUUGCUCACGGAUUUGGAGAAGAGUGAGACACAGCCUGACGACGAGCAGACGACUCCCAACAAGAGAGAUCUGGAAACUCGAGGUUAUGGAAAUAGAUGUUCUCACCCUCCUUGCUUUGGUCCGGGGCUUUGCUCUCAGUACUCUCAUUGUCAUGUGUGUGCUGGACUUACUGGGGCGGUUUUCAAGAGGGGCAGGUGCAUUUGA